AUGGGGUUGUCAAAGUCCGCCCGUAUCAGCAUCAUGCUGGCUAUUGACACGGUCUUCUUCCUCGUCGAGUUGAUUGCCGGACUUGUCGUCCACUCCUUGGCACUCACGGCCGAUGCCUUUCACAUGCUAAACGACAUCAUUUCGCUCGCCGUCGGUCUUUGGGCGGUCAGAAUAUCCAAGAGGCAGUCCACGGACAAGUUCUCCUAUGGCUGGGUUCGUGCCGAAAUUCUCGGAGGCUUCUUCAACGCUGUAUUCUUGAUUGCGCUUUGUAUCUCCAUCAUUCUCGAGUCUAUUACGAGGUUCAUUGACCCGCCCGAGAUCACGAACCCGCAAAUCAUACUUAUUGUUGGCUGCUGCGGCCUUGCUUCAAACCUUGUUGGCUUUGUGGUUCUUGGCCACGGUGGACAUGACCAUGGACAUGGAAGCGAGCACAGUCAUGAUGGAGAGCACGCCCACGACCAUGCCCACGACCACAAUGAAGCCGCAUUGGCCGAAGAAGGCCGGGUAGAUACAAAUGGCCGCAACUUGGCAGCCGAUGAUGGUCCAGUUACCGAUAUCUUCCCAGAGGUUGCCAUAGCAAGGGCAAGCGCGGCGGGCAGUUCCCCCGACACCGUUCGGCGAAUUCAUUUCGAUAAUGCAGACUUUGGGCGUCGAUCUGAAUCUGAACACGUUGGCCGCAGCCAGAGUCGAUCUUCGGGUUCCAAGAGUCAUGAGCGACGUCGUGCCGGUAGCCUCAAGCAUAGCCGCCUGCAAAGUAUCGACGACCACAGUUUCCACCCUGCCAGUUUCCGACAGAACAUUAUUGAUCACAGUCGAACCAAUAUUGGAGACUCGGAUGACAGCUCUAUGGAUGGUGAUGGUGUAGCCAACGAACAGACUCCUCUUCUCAACUCUAACGGCACUGCGAUCAAGGACAAUGGCCAUGGCCACCACGACCACAAGCAUCCUUCAAUCGGUCGAAGUAGACGCGACUCAGGAGUACACAAGGAGCACAACCAUAGCAAGCCAAAGAAGCCAUCAUCCGGUGGACAUGGCGGCCAUGGCCAUAACCAUGCGGACAUGGGCAUGAAUGCUAUGAUUUUGCAUGUCCUUGGCGAUGCUCUCGGCAAUGUUGGUGUCAUCAUUACAGCUCUCAUCAUUUGGCUCACCGACUGGUCCUGGAAAUACUAUGCCGAUCCUGCAGUCUCCCUUUUGAUCACGGCUAUAAUUCUUCACACUGCUCUGCCGCUCACCACGGCUAGCGCCAAGGUCCUUCUGCAGGCCACGCCAGACGAGAUUGAUAUCCAGGACAUCAAGGAGGACAUACAGACACUUGAGGGAGUUACUAGCUGCCAUCACGUUCACGUCUGGCGUCUUUCGGAUACCAAGAUUGUCGCUUCGAUGCACGUCCAGGUAGCUUUUUCAGCCUCUCAAGAUGGUGGUGUCAAGUACAUGACCCUCAUGAAGCAGGCUCGGAAAUGCUUGCACGCGUACGGAAUUCACAGUGCCACUAUUCAGCCAGAGUUUUGCCUGGACGAGGCCUGUAACCAUGACGAACAAGCUGCCGCCCGGGAUGGGAACACGGCCGCAAAUUGCCCCAAGGCUGCCACCGGCCAGUGCCUCCUUGGAUGCACCGAUGACUGCGUUGACGAAGGCUGUUGUUCCGCUCCGGCAUCGCAGAAUGGCGCAGGUUCAAUACGUUCAGCCCAUUCAGACCACAGCCACCACUAA